AUGUCAUCCUGUGCAGCAUGCAGCAAGGCAGAAUCAGAUUUAGUCAGAUUACUGAGCUGCGCUCGAUGCACAGAAUGUCAAGCUACCCACUGGCCCAUGCACAGAAGCGAAUGCAAAGCGCCAAACUACCUUCUGAGGAUCUCCCUCUUUCCCUCAGAGAUACAAAAUCCCUCUGUCACAAAAACGCUCUCCUGCCCUUCCUCCGCUACAUUCUCUGGCCUGCAUGAGGCGAUACAGACUGCCUUUGGCUGGGCCGGCACGUACACUUACGACUUCAAGAUCAAAGACCCGAAUGCAGAACCAGAGCCGGAGUUCGAUCUCACGACAUACAUGGCACGCCGCAUGGCGCAAGAUUCGGCCCGAAACAGUGGACGUGCUGUACCCGACUCCGGUCCUCGACAGAACUUUCCCCGAAUCAUUGAAGAAGCUCCCUAUGGUCCGGGCCGUCCUUUAGGCGGGAAGGGAGUUGACCAUAUGCAGAACCAAGAUCGAGUGCAUAGUCAGACUCCGGAGGUGAAGAGUCAUAAGAUCAAGCUGGGCAAAGUGUUCGAGAACAAGGAGUACGAAGAAGCAGUUAUUGAGUAUGAGUAUGAUUUUGGAGAUUGCUGGGAGCAUGACAUUGAGAUCGUAGGGAGAGUUCUGGCCACCACCAAGUUUGUGUGCACUGAAGGAGAGGGGCAUGGUGUUCUGGAGGAUAUAGGAAAUAUUAGGGGGUGGUUGAAUCUGAAAGAAGCGUUCAAGGUUAUACACCCUACAAAGGAUCAGAAGGAAAAGAUGAAAUGGGCUAAGAGUGGUGCGAGCAAUGCUGAUCCGGAAGGUUUGGGUAACGGCAGGGAUCGUUUCUGGGACAAGGACGACAUCAAUGAGAUGCUCAGUCACUGA